AUGCGUCUCCUUCUUCUUCUCUUUCUUUGUCUGUUCGUUAUCCGACAAUGCACGGCGAAAGGAAAACCAGAAGUGAGCCACGUCGAGUGGUCGUAAGUAACAUCUUAUGAUGUACCUAGAAUACAUAGGUAUUGCUACUUUGCAGACCCCUUUCCAUAAAACAUUACUACUACAUGAUGGAGACCUUCUACACCUCCCAAUGCCCGUACUUUGACACUAAAACCAACGCGCUGAUGAGCCUGGACGUCAUGCGGACGGCCAACGUUUUCAGCAAGGAGAAGUACGUGAUUGUGAAUGAGUCAGAGCCGAUGAUGUGAGUGUGCCCGCUUGCAUCUGCCGAUCCGAAAAGGUGAUUCAGACUGGCGACGAAGAAGCACAAGUACUAUUGGGACGGGCGGAACGGCGACCUUCAGGAGUCGAGCAUCAUUUGCGAGUAUCGCAUUACCGAACGCGAUUUGAACUUUCUCAAACAGGUACGAACAAGGGCCCCGACCUUGGCUUUAGAGUAGCUAAACUUCAGACGGUCUUCAAAAACGGCACCCAUCCGUCCGUGCUCUUCUACGGCUGCUCGUUUGCCAACUCGUGCGAAGGUCUUCAAUGCUCACCGCCCAAUUAUCUGUUCUGGAGUGUCAUUGGGUGCGUCUCAGUGAUUUUCACACCUUCAUCUACGCUUUUUCCAGAAUCGUUGUGUUAUGUUUCACCGCAAUCACUUUGGCCUUCUGGUUCGCUUACAAAAAACAAGAGCAAGCGCGGAAAAUAGAGCUGAAAAAUCGGCUCGAACGCUUCCAACAACAACCGCUUCUGCCCGGUCAGAAUGUCGUCUACGUGGUGCAGGGAAGACACGUGAACGCUAUUUCGGUGCCGGCUAAACGAUGA